AUGUUCGAACCGCUGCGCGAAAUCCUGCCGGAGGACCCGCAGGCACUCAUCGACGAUGCACGCCUUUUAGGCGAGAAGGCGGGGCGGCUCUACGGCAGUCGCAGUGCCGCCACCUACGCCGCAUUGGGCGGGGCGACGUACCGCCCGCUGCAGUGCGUCAAUGAAGGCGUUGUCGCGUGGGAUAAUGACGCAUCGGCCGACUUGAGCACCGGCAGCAGCUCGACACCCGCCUCCUCUUCUCUCCAUCGAAGCAGCGACGGAAGCAGCAGCGGCAGCAUCCGAUCCUCCUGGAUCUCCAAGGCGCUGUCGCUGCUGGGAUCUGCCCGUUACAAUUCGCGAUGCCGCUCACAUCGGGCCCAUCCGCCGCAGCGACGUCGGCGACCACCCACCGGGCUUUACGCGGUGCAGGAGGUGCUCUCUGCGAUGCCCCACAUCGUCCCGCACCUUCUUCAUUGCGCUUUAAAAGUGGCCGCGUUUGUCUUCCCGAGCGUGCGCACGCUCUGCCCGUCGGCGCUGCCCGACACGUGGUGUCUGCUCGACGCCCGACAGUCCUGCCGAGGCGGGCCGGAGCGGGUAACGGCGCUGAGCUUCCAUCCUUUGUAUUUGUGGCUGGCGGUGGCAGUCGACGAAGGCGCGGCGGACGGGUCUGCGCGUGUAGUGCUGUACGACGUUGCAGAAGAGAAGGUUGCGUGUGUGCUGUCGCACGCGUUUCAGAAGGAUGUGAACUGGCUGCACUGGAAGCCGUACGCGACAGAUGUGCUUGCCGUGGGCUGCCGCGGCGGGGUGCUGCUGUGGAGUCUCGCUGCCGCUACCGCCACCGGGGCGGAAAGCGGAUGGCCGGGCCACGCAGGGCGAAGCUUUGGUGCGUCCUCGCAGCUCGACAGCUCUGCCCGCGCUCUCUUUUAUCGAACGUGUGACGGCUUCACGGUGACUUCCGCUGCCUUCUCCCACCGCGACGGCAGCAUGCUGGCGUGUGCGAGUCUGUCAGACACCCGACUGCACCUCCUCAACGUGCGGCAGCCGCCGUUCUCGCCGCUUGCCUGCGCUGCCGUGGUGGUGCCCUCGGUGGACGGCGGCCUCUACGAAGUGUUGUUUGACGAUGAUGAUUUAUUCAUGAUCUGCGUGGUGUGCGAGCACCCCUCCCUCGCACUGGUCCGCUGUGCCGCCCUCUCGAGCACCGCGUCGGCGGCAUCGGCUGGUGUGCUGCAGACGACCGUCGUGCCAAUUCCUGCGCCGGUGCACUGCAUGGCCCGCGCCUCCGGUCUCGGGCCGUCGCUCUUCUUCCUGGCCACGAAAGGUUUAGAGGGCGUGCUGCUGGCCCGCAUUAAUCCUGUUAUCGGUGUGGAGGUGGUGGCGAUGAUUUCAACUGGACUGUACCGCGGUGUGGGCGGCCGCGUGACGCGCGUUGCGUGCAGUCGCCGUCGGCUGUGGAUGCACACGGAAACGAAUCACCUCGUUGUGUGCCGCUACGGCCAACACGGCGGCAACGUGACGCUGCUGCCGGUGGGCGUGGCCACCAUGGAGGCGGUGGCGCUCGUGAACGUGGAGGGGUGCGCGACGGGGUCGUUGGUGGCGGUGCUGGAGCAGGAUGGCACUAUUACCAUGAUCCCCUCCUACCAUUCGUGA